UCUGAACUAAUUUUCUGGAAAAAUAGUUUAUUAUGUCUCUCCAAAAAGCAUCCGGAACUUCGCUGAACUCCCCGUCAACAUCUGAGGUCAAACAGUCAAAACUUUCUCUAGUCAAGGAGGAGACCAAAGGACUUCCUGAGCUAAAGGAGAGAAAAGUCAUGCUGAACCAUCUCAAACCCCUUCCUCCUUCCCUUCCGAAUGAAUUCAUCCCCGAGGAAGUCCUUCUCUCUCUGAACUAUGCAGCCAAUGCUGGUCCAUGUCCUGAAAACUUACUGCCUUCUAAGAAACUUAGAGCCCCAAAGGGUGCUCUUCCGCGUAUUGUAGACCAUGUCUGGCAGCACCCUGUUCGAAGGAAUAAAUUAAAAUAUCUGAUUGAUCAUCCUGUUUCCCUAACCGGAGCUGGAAGGGAUAUUUCUUUUCUGUAUGAUGUUAAAUAUGUAAAAGGCGAGGCCAAGGAGAAGAAACUUUGUCCCCCAAAUUUAAACAAGUCACUGCAGCCACAGGACAGUGCCAUGGUGCCUCACAGUCAGAAGACAUUAGCAGACACUCUGGUUCCUGAAGAAUUUCAUAUCGUGUCAAAUACAGGAGUUUCGGGUUUGGAGUGUUAUGAUGACAAAUACACCACCCUGCUGACAGACAGUGAGAACAGGCUGCUGCUCUUCCCGUCCAUGAAACCCAAUAAAAGAGUAGAAGUCAUCCAGCUGGGUGAUGUGAUGGACACCAUGCUGGAGCGGGCUGGAGUAGAAAGUGAGGAGCAUGCAGGGCCAACCAAGAUGCACCAACUCCUCCAUGUAUUGAAAAAGGAACAAACCAUUUACAACACAGUAUUUCAUGAACUAAUUCGACAAGUCAGCGUGGAUUGUAUAGAUAGAGGAGAGCUACUAUCCAGAAUCAGAGAGAAAUAUGUGCAAAUGCUUGACCAAAUUGCUCGGCAGAUGAUUGAUUUCUACAAAGACUUGGUAACUCAGCGGAUGAUGGACCAGCGCAUCUUAGAAGAACUGUAUAACUUCAAGAAUGUGAUUGAGGAGUUGACCAGGGAACUUUGUCUGGUUCGGGCCCAUGACAACAAAUUAACAAAGGAGGCAGAGAAGGCCCAGAAGGAUUUGGCAGAAGCUAUUUUGGAAGCAGAAAAAAAUGCAAAAAUAGUAGAAGAUUACCAUGACUUAUAUACAUUACAGAGAGGGAGGAUGGAGAACGACAUCAAACUGCUGAUGUCAGAAAGAGACAUUUGGAGCUCAGCCACAUACGAAUUGGCGCUAAAGGUAAUUGAAAGAAAUAGAGUCAUACUGGCUAAAAAACUCUACCUCAAUGAAAAAGGCUGGAAUAAAUAUGCCAAGCAUUUCAUUAUAAUGCUGUCAACUAAGGACACUGCAGACCUUGCAGUGCUGCAGAAGUUGACAGAAAAAUGGAAAAGGUUAGUGAACAGAUUUAAGCAGGAGGUGGAACGCACGGAGGAAUCCACAAAGGAAAAAUCUCAAACUGUGAAAGCUGGGAUUCUCAAAUGGCAGCAGUUCUUCAGUGCUAACAUUGGAAAAGAGAUUGUAAUCCUUGGUAAGGGGAACCCUUUCACUUCAGUCCUUAUCGACUUCAAGGAGUUUUAUAGGCUGAUGAGUGAGGAGAAAGAAAAUUUUUCAGGGGAUUCUCUGUUGGCCAAAUACGACUCUCUCAAGAUCAUUAGGCGCUUACAGGAGAACUGGACAGACAUUGGGUUUGCGAUAUUUAGUCGCCAUAAGAACAUGGAUGGGGUGUUGCCCCCAGAGCACGAGUACAUGGAGGAAAUGAUAAAAAACAUUGGCAGGCUCUACAAAGAGUACGAAAUAAGAAUAAAUGGUGACAAUGGUAUCUCCAAAGUUCUUCCGAACUUGAUUAUUUCUCUGGACAUGUGUUCUUUCAAGUUAGAAAACCUCCUAGAAGUUUCUGCUAUGCCCCCUGAAGAAUGGGCUGAAAUUGAUGAGAAAAUCAAUGAAAUGAAGUUUCAGUUGGACACACUGUUAAACAUUAUUGGUACCGUUCCACAGUACCUGGACAUGGAUUCUGGCGCGACACUCCAAGGACAUAUAUUUGAUAUGAUUCACCAAUGGCUUUUGAAGAUAAACAAUGAAAUCACCAAUGGUAACAUUGAACUUCUUCGACAUAUGGAUGAAUUGCAUAUAGCUAUGAUCCAGUGGAUGGUAAAUUUGCUGACCGUAAUGCUUCCUGACUUUUCUGACCAAGAGACUCUCCCAAAGCUGAAGGAGGAGGAUCUAGAGACCAAAGAGGAACAUGAAGUAGGAGUCGCAGAAUUAGAGUUAAAUGCAAUUUCACUGGCCAAGCGUUUGGCACGCUACUCCGCCUACUUAUACAGUUGCUGCAUAGGCAUGGUGAGAGCGAUGGUUCUGACUAGAGCUGCUCACUUACAGAAGAAUCCUGCUAAGGACCUUCAGGAGCUAGAUAAGAUGAGGAGAGAAUGCUACGACUGGAUCAGCACCUGUUCGCACCUCCUUUCUGACAUCAAAGGCAGGAAAAUACGAUUACUGACAUACCAGGAAGCAGAGCAGCUGCUUGGGGAAGAGGAAGCUACAAAAAUUUAUCUUGACCCAGAUAAACCUUUUAUUGGUGAUGAUGAUGAUGAUGAUGAAAUUGAGAUUAAGGAGCCUGAAAUUCAAGAAAAGGAGGAAGAAGUAGAAGUAACAAAACAGGAACCUUCAGUUUCUACGGAAAAUGAACAAACCAUUCGAUACAUUGGGAGAGAUGAAAAUAUUCAUUGCAAACCUCUGCUUGAAGAAGAUAUAUUUUCAUCCUGGCGAGAACCAGCUAGCAAAGGUGUAUUGGAGCCGAAGUACCUUGAAGUAAUGACUAUAAUUGAGCACAUGCAGGAGAAGCUUAUACAGAUUGACAGCAGAGCUAGACAGGCAGAGGAGAAGUUUGACGAGGUGAAUGAGAAGCUUCAUCACACUCUCAUAAAAAACAGAGAUCUGGAGAAGGAAUUAGAAGAAAUGACCAAGAAAGCCAGAAAGGACUCACGUGUAAGAAUAAAAAGCCACAAGGAGGGAGAAGAGGAGGAGGAGGAAGAGGAAGAGGAAUCUGAACAAAAAGAGGGGAGCCAAGAAGGAGAGGAACACAGACAAGGGAGAAAAUCCCCAAAGCAUGCAAAGAAAGAAGCACAGUCCAAGGAUGAUCCUUCUAGACCCGGAAGCCGAACUAAACCCAAGCCCAAACCCAAAUAG